GGCCCAGUGGCCGCCCCCACGCCCCCCAGCAAGUCUGCGGCCCCGACGCUAAAGGAGAUGGAUGGGGUCACAGCAGACACAGCGCAGCGCGUGGGGCCGCGGGCGACUCAUCGCUCAGCGGCCGCCCCCGCGCUCGGAGGGCUCGGGGUGGGGGGUCCGUGGCCAGAUAAAGGGGCUGCCGGCCCAGCGCGGGCAGGACGCGGCGGCAGCGGCAGCGGCAGCAUGAGCGCGACCCAGCCCAGAGACGCAGCGGGCGCGGCCCCCGACGUGGACCCGGGCCGCGCGGCCGUGGCCUCGGCCUACCAGCGCUUCGAGCCGCUCGCCUACCUGCGCAACAACUACGCGCCGCCCCGCGGGGACCUCAGCAACCCCGACGGCGUCGGGCCCUGGAAGCUGCGCUGCUUGGCACAGACUUUCGCCACGGGUGAGGUGUCUGGACGCACUCUCAUCGACAUUGGCUCGGGCCCCACCGUCUACCAGCUGCUCAGCGCCUGCGCCCACUUUGAGGACAUCACCAUGACCGACUUCCUGGAGGUGAACCGCCGUGAGCUGGGACUCUGGCUGCGGGACGAGCCGGGCGCCUUCGACUGGAGCGCCUACAGCCAGCACGUCUGCCUCAUCGAGGCCAAGGGUGAGUCCUGGCAGGAGAAGGAGCGCCAGCUCCGAGCCCGCGUCAAGCGGGUCCUGCCCAUCGAUGUGCACCAGCCGCAGCCCCUGGGCGCAGGGCACGGGGCGCCCCUGCCCGCCGACGCCCUGGUCUCUACCUUCUGCCUGGAGGCUGUGAGUCCGGACCUUGCCAGCUUCCAGCGGGCCCUGGACCACAUCACCACACUGCUGAAGCCUGGGGGGCACCUCCUGCUCAUCGGGGGCCUGGAGGAGUCGUGGUACCUCGCAGGGGAGGCCAGGCUUACGGUGGUGCCGGUGGGUGAGGAGGAGGUCCGGGCGGCGUUGGGGCACAGCGGCUAUGCUGUGCGGGACCUGCGCACUUACGUCAUGCCCGCCCACCUCCGUACGGGCGUGGAUGACGUCAAGGGCAUCUUCUUCGCCUGGGCCCAGAAAGGGGUGGGGGUGUGAGCAUGUUGCGCUCCGAGCCUGGA